AUGUUGGAGUUACUGACAGGUCGAAUGCCUUUUGACAGUUCAAUGCCAAGAUUUGAGCAAUCUCUAGUUCGGUGGGCUACCCCUCAGCUCCAUGAUAUUGAUGCAUUGGCAAAAAUGGUGGAUCCUGCCUUGUGUGGCCUGUAUCCUCCCAAGUCACUUUCUCGAUUUGCUGAUGUCAUUGCUCUUUGUGUGCAGUCGGAAUUGGAAUUUCGGCCACCCAUGUCUGAGGUGGUGCAGGCAUUAGUGCGGUUAGUUCAAAGAUCGAGUAUGAGGGAGGAUCUGGGUGCUUCUCGUCGAUUGGAUGACUACGACUAUUAG